GUUUCCGGGGCGGGCUUCGGGACUAGAGGGUGUUGACCCGGGAACAACCGAAGCCGCUGUGGUCUAACGAGACUGCGCUGGCGUGUUCGCGGGCCUCUGUGGACUAAAGCGACCCAGUCGGGGUGUCCUAAACUGUGUCCCGGCCCGGAUGGAGAGAGCUGUUACGCUCGUGUGAGGGUGCUGCUUUAACGUUCCCUGCUCGGCUGGGUCUGCGCGGGCGGCCGGUGUGAACCCCGCCUCCGCGUCUGUUUGGUUUUCAGCGGCAGCCCCGGCGGCUUUGUCGGCACAGCUCCCACAGCGUCCUCUCUUCACAGCUCCUGUCACACUUAGUGCCUUGGUGCAUUGACUGGCCCGGUGGGAUUAACAGGUGCAUAGGACGUCCUAGUCUCACCUAGUCCUGGAUUGCACUUCAAAGUUGAGAUUUGCCGCUUUGUGGAUAUGUUUGUCUAGAUUUUUGUUUUUUAAGUUAAGGGCUGCUUCAUAGUCUUUUUUUUUUUUUUUUGAAUUCUGUUCUUAUCAAACCCACUUCCACCCUUGCUGCUUUUCCAAAGAGGUGAAACUGUGAACCCCGAAGAAAGUCCCUCUGUUAAGAACCACGGGGCUUGUUUUGUGACUCUAACCAGAUGAAAACCUGUGAGUUUAGCUUGGAAAGGGGGAGAAGGGUUAAAAUGCCGGCGAGGAGACUGCGAGAGGUCGUUUCCCCAAACCAAGGGGGUAACUUGGAUGUGGUGGAAGAUGAGCUGCCCUGCGUUCCUCCCGCAUUGUCUGCAAAUAAACGCCUUGCUGUUGGAAUGAGGACUAGCUCAAAUGGAACGUCAUACGGUUCAUUGGAUUUAACUUCUGCUAGAAAACAUCACCAGCUUCUGUCAGAAAAUCCCACUGUAUCCAAUAAAAGUGAUUUUUCUAAAGAUGCUAUAGUCCCGAGGCUACCUUUGAAUAAAACAGAAGAGAACAGAACACAAAAAGCAAAUGACAUCUUUAUUUCACAGUACGCCAUGGGACAGAAAGAUGCUUUGAGAACUGUUUUAAAGCAAAAAGUUCAAAGUGUGCCUGUUUUUAAGGCAGUGAAAGUCCAUCUUUUAGAAGACACAAGUAUGGAAAAGAAUGCUGUCGCUCAGGAGACUGAAACUUCGCCCAAUAGAAUUGAUUCCGCUACAACUGUGGCUGCAGCAACUGCUGCUGCCAUCGCGACAGCAGCUCCUUUGAUAAAGGUACAGAGUGAUUUGGAAGCAAAGGUGAAUUCUGUUGCAGAAUUACUUAAUAAAUUACAGGAGACUGAUAAACAGUUACAGCGUGUGGCAGAGCACCAAACAAGCAUUCAGAAUAAGCAAGAGAAAUUACAUUGUCAUGAUCAUGAGAAGCAAAUGAAUGUAUUCAUGGAGCAGCACAUCAGGCACCUUGAAAAGUUACAGCAGCAGCAAAUAGAUAUUCAGACCCAUUUUAUUGAUGCUGCUCUCAAGGCUAAUAGUCUUCAACCUGUUGGCACGCCCCCUUCUGGAGCAGGGGGGAAGCACUCUGGAAAGCCAGCACAUCCUAAUCUUGGGAGCAGUGUUUCUUCACACAACACAUUUGUUUCUAAACAAGUGCCUUUAAGAGAAGAUGAAGAUACAGGUUUUGAUGUGCAGAAAUCUCCUUUAGAGACACCAGCACCUCGCAGGUUUGCUCCUGUGCCUGUUUCAAAGGAUGGAAAAAUAUCAAAGAGGGAAAACCCCAUAGAAGAAAAAGAAAAUAUGGAAAUGUCAAGUCCUAAAGGAAAUGUAAAACUGUUGGAACAAAUACUGAAUACUAAUGAUUCUUUGACAAGAAAAAGUGAAUCAUCCGACAUGACCUCACUAUCUAGGUCAAAAACAGGAUGGAGUUCUGAGAAAAGAGACAGCAUUGAAACUCUACAUUCACAGAGAUUUCCUUCUUCUGAAGAGCUAGGAACAGCUAAAGUAGCAAUGCAAAAGUAUAAUGAUGAUGUUCAUGAUCUUGGCCAGAAGAAGAAACAAACAAAUGACAUGCUCCAGGUAAAACAGUCUCCAAUUAUCUUGAAGUUUUCAGAUCUUCCAGAGAAGCCUGUUAAGCUUCAGACAACCAAUACAAGAUCUGUCUUGAGAGACGCUGAGAAGAUUUUGAGAGGCGUACAAAACAAUAAAAAAGUGCUAGAAGAAAACCUGGAAGCUAUUAUUCGUGCAAAGGAUGGAGCUGCUGUGUAUUCCUUCAUCAAUGCUUUAUCCACCAAUAGAGAGAUAUCAGAGAAAAUUAGGAUCAGAAAGCAAGUAGAUGACUGGAUUCAGAUUAUUUCAGCAGAAAUCCAGGACGAACUUACCAAAAAAGAUUAUGAGCAAAAGAGAUUUGGUUCAAAGAAUCAACGAAGCAAGCAGACUCUGACUAUGAGUGGAGACUUUAAAGCCAACAUACAAGACAAAACAGUGAACAAAUCUGUAAUUUCAAGAAGACGUUGUCAAAAGCAAAUACAGGAGCAGUUUAGAAGUGUGCCUGGAAGGAACAUGUAUGCUUUAGGUUCACAGAGAGAGAGAAAAGAAGGACUCUCGAGGUCAACCACAGUUUUACAAGAUGAGGAUUAUAUAUAUGGGAAGCCAGUUUAUCAGGGCCAUCGCAGCACUCUUAAAAAAGGACCAUAUCUCAGAUUCACUUCUCCAUCUCCUAAGGCCAAACCACAGAGACCAAAAGUAAUAGAGCUAGUAAAAGGCACUAAAGUCAAGUCAGCAAGAACACAAACCGACUUUGAUGCAACAAAACCUAUGAAAAUUGAUUCUAAAAUACAAUAUCCCAUCACCACAGUACCUCGUGGUGACCAGCAGUAUUUGUUCAGCCCAAACAGACAAGUGCCCAAUGUUUCAGGUGCCCUGGAAGGUCAUCUCAUUCCAAUGGCAAUUCUUCUAGGACAAACCCAAAGUAAUAGUGAUUCUGCACCAGCUGCUGGAGUAAUGGUAAACAAGCCACACUCUGUAGCUGUGACUACUUUCAUUCCUCCAUCAUCUCGAAAAGGAGAAGCUGGAGUCAAGAAACCUAAUAUAGCAGUUGUAGAAAUGAAAUCAGAGAAGAAGGACCCCCCUCAGCUCUCUGUGCAGAUGUUGCCUAGUUUGGAUAUUGAUAGCAUUUCAUACAGCAGUGUUGACGGGGUUUCCCCUCCGCCAAGUCCCAAAGAAGCCUCUCUCCCUCCAUUGCCUACCUGGAUCCAGAUUCCCGAAUUUAUGAAGGUGGAUAAAGAAGAGGCGAAGCUUCCAGGAACUAAUUUUGAUGAAGUAAUUGAUGUUCUUCAGGAAGAGGACCAGCGUGAUGAAAUUCCUGAAUGCUCUGCACCUGUGCUGGAGUUUAACCGAAGUGUUAAGGUCAUUCCUACAGAGUAUAAUGGUCCUUCAUUUCCUCCAGUAGUUUCUAAUUUUCAUCCCACUACUGAUAUUUUGGAUAAAGUAAUUGAGAGAAAAGAAACAUUGGAAAAUAGUUUAAUUCAGUGGGUAGAACAAGAAAUAAUGUCAAGAAUUAUCUCUGGGCUUUUUCCGCUGCAGCAACAAGCCAGACUUGAUGACAGUGUUUCAAUUAGUGAGGCAAGCGAACCACCAGCUUCUGACGUUGUCGUAGGAACAAGCAGUGGAGCCCUCCAGCUUUUCAUUGAUGCUGGGGUUCCUGUGAAUUCAGACAUGAUCAGUCAAUUUGUGCAUGAAGCGCUUGCUGAGACCAUUGCUGUCAUGUUAGGUGACAGAGAGGCAAAGAAGCAAGGGCCUGUUGCCAAAAGUGUUUCUGGUAAUACUUCAACAAAUGAAACUAACUUACCGGUAAGAGUUUGUACCCCAGUUGCUACACCACAGCCUACUCCUCCAUGCUCACCGCCACCUCCUCAGGAGCACGUGUUAGUGAACACUCCAGAUUCUUCCCCCUGUGAUUCAGAUCAGGAUGUGGCUUCCUCUAUUAAAGAAAUAUGUACCGAAAAAGGAAGUGAUAUACCUGCCAUCACACUUGUUAGUACCCCAACAGUUACCCCGGUUAACACACCUCCUCCAGCAGAAGUGCUGACCCCAACUUUGUCAGAAAUUUCCAUUGACAAGUUGAAGUUAUCAAGCCCUGACCUUCCCAAGCCAUGGGACAGUGGAGACCUGCCACUGGAUGAAGAGAAUCCUAACUCUCUUCAAGAACUUCUUCACCCAAGAGCGAUUGUAAUGUCUGUGGCUAAAGAUGAGGAACCUGGGAGUGUGGACUUCCCUGCUCUGCCUGCAGCACCAGAGCCAGCUCCCCCAACACCACUUCCUGAGGGCACCAAGCCCCCUUCUCCUCAGCAGAAUCCUAGUUCUAGUUCAUCUACACAGGAGAACAGUUUGAGCAUUACUGUCACUGAAACAGAAACCUUAGAUAGGCACAUCUCUGAAGGGGAGAUCUUACUUAGCUGUGGUCAAAACUUGGCCUCCAAGGUUUUAGGAAAUGGGGACUUGUAUCUGAUGAACGUAAACGACAGCUUAUCCAGCACUCUGCAUGAUGCCCUUGAAAUGGAAGAUGAUCCUCCCAGUGAAGGACAGGUGAUUAGGAGGCCUCAUAAAAAGCUUCAUGCAAAUAUGAUUCUUUCUCUUUUUACUAAACAAGAACAGGAAUUACUAAUUUCACAGCAAGCGGAGGACCUGGAUAACAGUGUGGGUGAGCUCAGUGAAGGACAAAGGCUCGUGCUGACAGCAGCAGAGGACAUCUUAGCAGGACCGUCCAUCUGUGUGCCGCAGCCCACUACAUCUGCAGAGCCUUCCGAUCAGCAAGCAGACCCCGGGGUGUUAUUGCAGCUGUCCGACAUGGCCUCAGGUGAUAUUUGUGAAGAUUCACGUGCCAGUCAUGGUCCAAUGAGUCUAAGGGAGUUGGAGUUACAGCCCUGUCCUAAUCUUGUCUUUCCCAUAACACACAUGGCAACAAAAGGCAAUGGUGCUAAUUUACCAGGAGCAGCUGAAGGCUUUUCUCAGUACCAACAAAAGCACGAACCAGACAUUAAACAAGUUGAACACAAGCCAGUACAAAGUCAUCUAACCUGUGUACGAAAUAAAUCUGACAGUUCACUUUCACAACAGCAAG